AUGCAGUUCGCCAAGGCUAUGCCGCUGCUGGCAGCCCUCACCACCAGCACUUUCGCGCGCCUCGAAGGCCACGAUCGUCGCCAGGUCGCAACCGCGACCUUCAUCAGCACUCCUUCGUCCUUGUCCACUUCUUCCGGCGGUGCUUGGACCAACACCCCUUCUACCGGCAGUUACGGCAGCGGCGACACUUACAUCGGCAACAUCGGCAAUCCUUAUGGUAGCAACAUCAUCGAGGUUUCCGCCUCUGAAGCCAGCAAGUACAAGUACGUUAUGCAGUUCCAGGGCUCCAACACCGAGGACUGGACCGUCGCCAUCUGGAACAAGUAUGGUCCCGACGGUAAGAUGGACGGCUGGUAUGGCAAUGCCUGCAAGACCUUCACCCUCUCCCCUGGUGCCACCAAGUACAUCGCCUUCGACGAAGACACGAACGGAGGUUUUGCCGCCGCGGCCGGUUCUAUCCCCACCGACUCCAACGGUGGCUACACUUCCACCUGGGGUGAGUUCGAUUUCGGCUCCGCCGCCAACGACAACUGGUCAGGUUUCGAUGUCUCUGCCAUUGCCGCCCAGAACGCCGGCCUCACCGUCCAAGGUAUGAAGAUCUGCGAUGCGCUGGGCUCUACUUGCUCUUCCAUCACUUCCAAUGCUGGCACCGUUAGCAAUGCCUACACCACGGCCGAGACUGACGUCGGCGGCAUUGGUGGCAAUCUCGCUGCCGGCCCUGUCCGCCUGGCUGUCACCAUCGACUACAGUAGUUAAAUGGUGUUUGUAUGGAACAUUCGCAAUUGCAAGCGUAUUUGUCUAGCAUGCCGCACAUAUAUGGGAA